GCAGCGGCCAUCGGGGCGGGAGGCUGCCCGGGCACUUCCCCGGCGAGCGGCACGAACUCUCCGUUCGUGCCCCGGCCGUGCCCUGUGCGGGCGGCGAGAGCCAUGCCCGGCGUGCUGCCCCGGACGCUGCCCGCGGCCCUCGGGCGGGGCUGCCUGGGCCGCUGGCUGCUCGCCACUCGCGGGUGGGCGCUCCUGGGGCCCGGCACCCCGUCCUGCUCCUGCUCCUGCCCGGGGUGGCGGCACCAGCCCCCGCUGCUGCUCGGGGCCGCCCGGCAGAGCUUCGGAACGCGGGCGGGAGGGCUGAAAGCUGCAAAACCGGGAGGUAAUAGCAAGGAUGUGUCCGUGCAAAGGGCGCUGAACGAGGAAACGCUGGUGUCGGCGGCUCGGAAAGUGAAAGAAGCUGGAAGAGACUUUACCUAUUUUAUUGUGGUGCUUGUUGGAAUUGGUGUUACAGGUGGUUUGUUCUAUGUGAUUUUUAAAGAGCUGUUCUCUUCUUCUAGUCCAAAUAAGAUCUAUGGAGAUGCCUUAGAGAAAUGCAGAUCUCACCCUGAGAUAAUUGCUGUUUUUGGUGACUCUAUCAAAGGUUAUGGAGAGGCAACAAGAAGAGGAAGACGACAGCAUGUCAGUCACAUUGAAUACGUAAAGGAUGGACUGAAACACAUGCGUUUGAAGUUCUAUAUUGAGGGCACUGAAUCAGGGAAACAGGGAACAGUCCAUGUGGAAGUCAAAGAGAAUCUUGAAACAGGAAGAUUUGAGGUUCGCUACAUAUUUGUGGAUGUUGAGACGUAUCCAAGAAGAACCAUUGUCAUCGAGGACAACAGAUAGCCAACAAUCAAAGCUGCUGCCUUACCUCACAUUGGAAAAUGUGGUUGUAGCCAGCCUACAUAUGGAUUGUGUGGUGUUGCCAAUUGUGUCGCACAGCUUCAGGGCUGUGUCAAGGGAAGUAGCCUUUCAGGCCCUCCACUAAGGACUUUUGAUAAUAACAGAUAUGGGAUUUAAAGUGAAACCAAUGAAAUAUAGCCAAAGGAUCAUGGUAGAUAUUCUUGACAUAGGAAAAUAAUGUCUCCUAAUAAACACUUUAUUGCUGGAUAAUACCUCUGCACACCCAAGACCUGAGUUUUGCAAGGUUUUAGGUUUGGAUGGGGUUUUUUGUCUUCCUUGGCUUGGAUUUCCCACUACCACUGCAAUAAAGAAAGGGUUAGUUUAACUGUAGACAGAAGUCUACUGUUUUCAUUUUGGAUACCUUUGUAGGUAAGAAGGUAAAAUGGUAGUGAUGCAAAAGAGAUCUGGGCAUGUAAGGGUAGGAAUGGUGGAGGCACACACCCGUAACAAGCAACUGAAGACUUCAAUAUUGGUGUCUUCUAAAUAAAUUACCAGCAAGCAGAACAUCACUACUGUCUGCUCUUUCUGAUGUUUGCCAUUCUGCUCCACAUGGUUGUAGCAAGAUGAAGGUUGGCCAUUUCUCCC